AUGAAAGUUGGUGCUUCACAAUAUUUCUCAAUGGAGUGGCCUUUAGUGAGGUCUUUACUGUGGGUUUUAGUACUUGUUGCUCACAUUCAUGAGCUAAGAGCUUGCAUUGAGGAAGAGAGGAUGGGUUUGCUAGAAUUGAAGGCAUAUCUGAAAUCCAAUACUAAUUAUACAGAACCCCUUCUUCCAUCAUGGGUUUACGACCUAAAGAGUGAGUGUUGUAACUGGGAGCGAGUCAAAUGUAAUAACACCACUGGCUACGUGAUCAAGCUUUGGCUCUCCAAUAUAAUCCAUGAAACUCACGUCUAUGCUGAUAAUGAAAAUUGGUUCUUGAACGAGUCCUUGUUGCAGCCUUUCAAGGAGUUAAGAAUUCUUGAUUUAUCUCGCAAUGGAAUUCGUGGUUGGCAAGGAAAUAAAGAUAUGACAAAUUUCAGAAGUUUGGAGAUUUUAGAUAUGAGUGGUAAUAUGUUCACUGGAAUUCUUUCUCCAUAUAUUGGGACACUAUCUUCUCUCAAGGCUAUAUCAUUAUCUCAAAAUAAACUCCACGGGAAUUUACAUGCUAAAGAUUUGGGUAUGUUGAAGAAACUUGAAGAGUUAGAUCUUUCUGACAAUCACUUUGAAUGGAUCCUCCCUCCAUGCCUAAGUCGUUUGACAUCUCUUAGGUUAUUAGAUCUAUCUAAGAACCAAUUCAGUGGAAAUUUGUCUUCAUCUGUGAUAGCCAACUUGACAUCCCUUGAGUACAUUGAUCUUAGUUAUAAUCGUUUUGGGGGUUUAUUCUCAUUCAGCUCAUUUGCCAAUCACUCUAAGCUCAAAGUGAUUCGAUUUAAAGGUGAAAACUACCGGAUUGAAGACGGUAACAAAAUUGUGAGUGAAAACAACACAUUUGAGAUUGAAACUGAAAAUCCCAGUUGGGAACCUUCGUUUCAGUUAAAGAUGCUAGUGCUGCCUAACUGUGAUCUGAAUAAGUUAUCCUCCAACAUUCCAAAGUUUCUCUUUUACCAGCAAGAAUUGGAAUUGGUUGAUAUCUCUCACAAUAGGUUGAAGGGAAGCUUCCCCGUUUGGUUGAUUGAAAAUAAUACUAGAUUGCAAUUGCUAAAUCUUCGGGAUAAUUAUUUUGGGGGUCAAUUUCACUUGCCAAUAGCUCACUGCAAUAAUCUUUCUUGGUUGGAUUUCUCUUACAAUAACUUUAAUGGGCAGUUGCAGGAAACUAUUGGAAAGGUGAUUCCAAACUUACAAUAUCUAAAUAUAUCUCAAAAUCAUUUUGAAGGUUUUCUCCCAUCCUCAAUUGGUGACAUGAGUAAUUUGGAGAAAUUGGACUUGUCCAAUAAUAAUUUUUCAGGAGAGGUGCCAAUGAAAUUGGUUGCCAAUUGCACCUCCAUGGCAGUUUUGAAGUUAUCUUAUAAUAAAUUUCAUGGUGAAAUUUUCUCAAAGGGAUUCCGAUAUUUUAACAGUAGCUUACGUAUUUUGGAAUUAAAAAACAAUCAGUUAACAGGUACUUUGCCAACUGUGGUACCAGCAGUUGGUAGUCGGCUGGGGCUCCUAGAUAUUAGCGACAAUGGCUUCUCAGGUUUAAUUCCCAGAUGGCUAGCAGGAAAUCUGCGGUACGCAUGGUCUGCAGACAUGAGUAAUAAUUUUUUCGAAGGUCCAAUUCCAUGUGAAAUGCAUGCAUUUAUUUUAAUAGACCUUUCUCAUAACUUGCUUUCUGAAUGGUCACCUUCUUGCGUUGAUUUAUAUACUAUUCAACAUCUAUUUUUACAAGGCAACAAACUCACUGGAUCAUUACCGAAACUUUCUUUCAAUUUUUCACUUCAUCUGGUGACAUUGGACAUUAGAGAUAAUAAAUUUUAUGGUAGAAUCCCUAUUGGAGUGGGCAUGCUUCCAAAUUUAAGAAUAUUGUUGUUGAGUGGCAACAAUUUUAGUGGUGUGAUUCAGAACAAGCUGUGUUGGUUAAAGAAUAUUGCGAUAAUGGAUCUUUCCAGGAACAAUUUUUCUGGAACAAUACCGCAUUGCUUUCACGACCUAAAAUUUGAGAAGAUAGAUGCUUUUGACGGCCUUACUGAACCAAAUUCCACUUUUUUGGAGUUCAGAGAUAUAAUUGUCCCAUAUCAAAGUAUCCUCAAAAGGAAUUUUGAAAAUUUUGAGGUAGAACGAGAGGUUGCUGCAGAGAUUGGGAUUGAGUUUGAAAUGAAAUAUAGAUCUUACUUCUACAAGGGUGGCAUUCUUGAUCUCAUGUCUGGAUUGGAUUUGUCAGUCAACAAACUAACAGGUGGCAUCCCUCCAGAGUUAGGACAACUAUCUCCAAUUCUUGCACUAAACUUGUCUUACAAUCAAUUGACAGGUUCCAUUCCAAAUACAUUCUCAAAAUUGACUCAGUUGGAGAGUUUGGACCUUUCUCACAACAAUUUGAGUGGAGAAAUUCCUUCAACAUUGAUUGAUCUGCACUUUCUAGCAGUUUUCAAUGUGGCUUACAACAACUUAUCAAGUAAAGUUCCAGACAUGAAAGGACAAUUUGGAACAUUUGAAAAUAGCAGUUAUGAAGGAAAUCCAUUUCUUUGUGGACCACCACUAGAGAAAAGUUGCACCAGGGUUGAUAAAUCACCUCCAUCACCAAUAAAAUCUUCAAAUGCAAGUCACGGAAAAUGGUAUGAUGUGGAUCCUUUAGUCUUCUCCACAACUUUUAUCGUAUCAUACAUUAUUUUCUUUAUUGGUGUAGCUUGUAUUCUUUAUAUUAAUCCUUAUUGGCAACAACGAUGCUUCAAUUUUGCAUUUUAUAUGCUAGAAAGGUUGUCAAACUGUAUUUGUCAUUAG